UCCGUUUAGGACUGAAAAGUUUUUCUUCCUUGCAAUGAAGGGAAUCUUCAAGGAUUGUGGCUUAAGUUUUCUUCCUUGCAAAGGAAACAUUCAUGGACUCAAAUUCUGUUGGUCGUUUUGGCAUGCGAUUGAUUAAGUAAACGGAGAUACCGUUGCUAAAAUUAACAAAAUCAAUUUUGUCCUUUCCCAUUACUUUACGGUUUGAGGUUUUUUGCUUACACAGCAGUGCAUUGAAACUGCAGCACCUGCGUCUGAAUUCUGAUUCCUGUCAUGAGGUUUCUUCCCCUUAUCAUUUAACAAUGACGCUUCCCUCUGAAGUAUUAGGUGCCCAAUUGAAUUCGGCAGAGAAUGAAAAAGAGGCGGCAGUGAGGCGGUUGAGGGAGGCGGAGGCGAGCUUAAGAGAGGCGAUACAGGAGCUGCAGAAGCAGCAGGGUCAGGGGCAGGGGGAAGGGCAGGGUCAAGAUCCUCUCUGUGCGCAUGCCGACUCUUGCGUGGCCAAUGCAAUCGGGAAUUUGUGCCAGAGCUUUCUCUUGGCGUAUGGCGUCAGGGUGGGGAUCGGGAUUCUUCUCAGGGCCUUUAAGCUGGCCAAGAGGCAGUCAUACCGAUCAAUUCUUGACUUGAAGUUGCUUGUGUCUGAGAAAGAUUUGAUUGUAAGAGAAGAGGCAUGUCGAAUUGGUUUGUUAUUUGGUGGAUUUACUGGAUCUUUCCAUGGUCUUCGUUGCUUGUUGAGAAAAGUAAGGGGAAAAGAGACUCCAUUGAAUGGAUUUCUGGCAGGAUCUGUGGCAGGAUUGUCAGUGUUAGCUUUAGAUGAUCCUAGCAGGAGGCGUACCUUGGCUUUGUAUCUUUUCGCUAGACUUGCACAGUGUGCUUACAACUCUGCCAAGUCCAAAAAUAGAUUUCAUUUUUGGGGAAGCCACUGGAGACAUGGAGAUUCCUUAUUGUUUGCCAUAUCAUCUGCUCAGGUUAUGUAUUCCUUUAUUAUGCGACCAGAAACACUACCUAAAUCAUAUCGAGACUUCAUUGCAAAAACUGGUCCAAUUGAUUUGCCAGUAUACAAAGCUGUCCGAGAGAGUUGCAGAGGUGGUCCUAUCGAUUUGGUUGCUCUAUCUGCUUACUUAUCGAGUAGGAUGGGUUUCCAGUCUCAUAAAUUGGAUCCACAUGCGUCAGUUAUUCCAUGUUCUAUGUUACAUCCAGAUACAGCUUCGUGUUUAGCGCAUGAUGCGAAUGCAACAUAUUCAACAUUCAGAAAAACAUUUCCACUAUAUUUCUCUUUGACAUUUGUACCAUUUGUUAUUCUUCAUCUUCAAAAGUUUAUGGAGUCUCCCAUGAAAACAUGCUGGAAUGCUACCAAGGGGGCAGUGCGAUCUACAUCAUUUCUAUCAGCAUUUGUAGGACUAUUCCAGGCAGUUAUUUGCUUGCAACGAAAGGUUGUAACAAGAGACCACAAGCUUAUUUAUUGGUUUGCUGGAGGCAUUGCUGCUUUGUCUGUUCUUAUAGAGAAGAAGAGCAGACGAAGUGAGCUCGCUCUUUAUGUCCUUCCUCGAGCUGCAGAUUCAUUUUGGUAUAUUUUAGUGAAUCGGCAUCUGCUUCCUGAUGUCAGGAAUGCUGAAGUAGUGCUUUUUUGUCUAUGCAUGGGAGGAAUAAUGUAUUAUCUGGAAUAUGAACCGGAUACAAUGGCUCCCUUUCUCAGGGGUCUUAUUAAGCGGUUUCUUGCUAGCAGGAUAAGUACUGCUGACCUACCUCCAAAACUUGGAGCACCAUAUCCCCAUGUUGACACCUUAAAUUCCAGACAUGCUCCGAAUUCACAAGAAGAGAAUUCUCAAAGCUCAGCCACUUCUCUCAAGAGAGGAGAGCAUUUGAAUCUGGAAGCCUUUUCAGGACUUUGACUGACAUGCAUAUCAUACUUGCAUUAUUUAAUAUUUUGAGGGCAGUGCAGAAAAGAUUUUUCUAACUUUUCCCUUGUCAUCCUCAAUUUUUUUUUACCAAAAUUCAUGCUCAAUGUUUGAGCAACUUUUUUGUUUGUUUUGUUAGUCAUUCUUAGUGGAAUAUUUUUCAAAGACGUGGGAUUUGUAAAUUUUGUAAAAGCCAAGUUCACUUAAAUUCAUUAGAUAUGUUGAUUGAUAACAUUUGUUGAGGAUUUGAAGUUGGAAGAGUUCGGAAUAUUUAAGGUUCUAAAUAAGUGCUUUAGGCAAUGAUGCCAAUCCAAGCUUGGAGAUCAUAUAUGUGUUACUGGUGAAAAUAAUGAGGUUUUGUUUCCUCCCAGUUGUUCAGCAUCUGCAAAUUUAUGGCAUAUCCUAUUCAGACAUUCUGAAGAGAAUUUAUGAUUCUAUGGAAUGUAAAAACAAGAUAGUUGAGUAACUUGGCCAAAUUUUUGUGCCAACUCCUGGUUUUUUAUAGGUGAAAACGUGGAUAUUUGAACAAUUUGGUGGACAGUAUUUUGUAUUGAGAAAUAGCAACUAUUUGAAUGGGCUUGUUGUA